GACGGUGUCACAUUAUUAUUGUUCCGUGUGUGGCCACACUGGGCACCGCAUGCUAUCUAGGUAAAGUUCAUGUUGUACUGAAGACAUUAAAAUAUUAAUAAUGCACCUUACGCAAGACUUAGAACUGUUUCCUGAAUACACGGUGACUCAACUGCUCUUCAAAGAUGUAAAAAAUGCGACGGAGUUGAGAAAAAUGGCAGUGAAUGGAGAAAUAAAAGGCGCCUUGAUCAAUCCAUCAAUGGUUGUGGAUGCAUUCCAGAUCCUGGUGGCAGCAAAUAAAGCCGUUCACCUACAUAAAAGUGGGAAAAUGAAAACCCGGAGCCUUUACUCGGAAAUCAUUUUUAGUCUUUCACCCACAAACAAUAUAUCGGAAGCAUUCAAAAGGUUUGGGAUCUCAGACAGUGACAGUGCAGUUCUUAUUGUGUUGGUACACAAUAAAGACGAGACCCUCAACAUCGAUAACAUCAUCUCAAAGGUGGAUGGGCAACAGAUUACCGUUGAUCGAGUGUCUGAUUUGAAUGAUGUUGCCAAGAUUAAAAAGCUCUACAAAGUCGCACCACAGGAGGAAAAGUGUGGCAGUCUAUUGGACGCUGUUGUUUGCAGGAUGGCCACUAAAGAUGUUGCAUAACUAAUCUAGUGGUUUAUUAUUUGAAAUAAACCCACACUGUAUAUCUACUUUUCAUAUCUCCUAUAUAGGUAUAGGUAUCCCAUUUUUUUAAUGAAAAAAAAGAAAAAAGGCAUCUUGUGACACAUUGUUAACGUUACUUUAAUGCAGAUGUGAGUGAGCCAUUUUGAAAUAUACAAUGUUUUCAUAUAUACAGUUUCCAACUAGGGCCAAAUUUCCAAGAGGGAGAUCAUAAGAUAUAUCUAAAAGUUGUCUGAGAAAAAAAAAAAAUGUCUAGAGACUGGAUAGUUUUCUUAUAAAUAAA